AUGUCAAGGAGAAAGCAAAAGUUGAAGUCAGAACUGAGCUUAGUCAAACUGAAAGUCGAAGUCGAAGUCGAAGUCGAACUGAAAGCCGAAGCCGAAGUCAAAGUCGAGCUUGACUUUAAAGCCGAAGUCGAAGUCGAACUGAAAGCCGAAGUCGAAGUCGAAGUCGAACUGAAAGCCGAAGCCGAAGUCGAAGUCAAAGCCGAAGCCGAAGUCAAAGUCAAAGUCGAAGUCGAACUGAAAGCCGAAGCCGAAGUCGAAGUCGAACUGAAAGCCGAAGCCGAAGUCAAAGUCAAAGCUGAAGUCGAGCUCGACUUUAAAGCCGAAGUCAAAGCCGAAGUCGAAGUCGAAGUCGAACUGAAAGCCGAAGUCGAGCUCGACUUUAAAGCCGAAGUCGAAGUCGAAGUCGAACUGAAAGCCGAAGCCGAAGUCGAAGUCGAACUGAAAGCCGAAGCCGAAGUCAAAGUCAAAGCUGAAGUCGAGCUCGACUUUAAAGCCGAAGUCAAAGCCGAAGUCGAAGUCGAAGUCGAACUGAAAGCCGAAGUCGAGCUCGACUUUAAAGCCGAAGUCGAAGUCGAAGUCGAACUGAAAGCCGAAGCCGAAGUCGAAGUCAAAGUCAAAGCCGAAGCCGAAGUCAAAGUCAAAGUCGAAGUCGAACUGAAAGCCGAAGCCGAAGUCGAAGUCAAAGCCGAAGCCGAAGUCAAAGUCAAAGUCGAAGUCGAACUGAAAGCCGAAGCCGAAGUCGAAGUCGAACUGAAAGCCGAAGCCGAAGUCAAAGUCAAAGCUGAAGUCGAGCUCGACUUUAAAGCCGAAGUCAAAGCCGAAGUCGAAGUCGAAGUCGAACUGAAAGCCGAAGUCGAGCUCGACUUUAAAGCCGAAGUCGAAGUCGAAGUCGAAGUCGAACUGAAAGCCGAAGUCGAAGUCGAAGUCGAAUUGAAAGCCGAAGUCAAAGUCGAACUCAAAGCCGAAGUGAAAGUUGAAGUAAAAGUCAAGGUCAACUCAACUAAUUUUCACCAAAUUAGUGUCAACGCUGCUCAGAAGAGAGUAAUCAAUGUAGGCCAUAUAUCCAAUGCGUACAACACAAUCAACCAGAGCCUUGAGAAUGGUUCUGGAUUGGAUAUGAAGUUGAGUCAGAAUGCAUAUCAAAAUCAACAAUGA